UUUAAUACCCAGCCUUGGGCCGCUAGUAGUCAAUCAAAGUCCAACCCCAGAAUCCCCCAGAGUACUUCCAAAUUGAACCUAGGGUUAGGGUUUAACAAAUUACAAAUUGGAGCUAGGGAGCUUCGAACAAUGGAGAGGGCGACAGCGGGCGGUUCAGGGACAGUGACGGCGAAGAGAAAGCCGGUGUUCGUAAAGGUGGACCAACUGCAGCCAAACACGAGCGGCCACACCCUCACGGUGAAGGUGGUGAGCUCGAAGCCGGUCAAGGUGACCAACAAGAACGGCGGCCGACCAUCGUUCUCGUCUCGCCCUCUCCAGCCCUCUCGUAUCGCCGAGUGCCUCGUUGGUGAUGAGACUGGGACCAUUCUCUUCACCGCUCGCAAUGACCAAGUUGACACAAUGAAGCCGGACACUACUGUGAUCCUGCGUAAUGCGAAGAUUGAUAUGUUCAAGGGAACUAUGAGGCUAGCAGUUGACAAAUGGGGACGUGUUGAAGUCACUGAACCAGCUGACUUCCAAGUUAAAGAGGAAAACAAUCUUUCUCUCGUUGAGUACGAAUUGGUUAACGUUGAAGAGUGACCGAUGGGUAUAUUGUGGGAGUGGAUACUAAUGAAUUAUCUGUGUUCCUAACCAUUACUGUUAGUAGGAUGCAACUAAUGUGUUUAGUUUGAGUCUUGAUAUUGCUGUGUUUAGUUAACCUAAGUGAGUUUCAGACGGUGAUAUGUUAUGAUUUGGAAGAACUAGACGUUGCUAGACUUGGAAUAUGGAACGCAAGAGUUUAUGGUCUUAGAUCGUAUUCAAUAUGAUCAUGCAUUUUGUA